AUGUUGAGGAAGCAAGCAACCAACCAGCCAGCCAUGCAGCAGAAAACGAGGCGUCGUGGCCCCCACUUCGAAACCGUAUCCAACGAGGAAGACAAACGCGAGCGUGGAGGAGGCCUCGGUCCCCUGGCGUCAUCCUUCCUGGGUGUGGUGCUAACACUAAGCGCCAUUGCGGUUGGCCUAUCGGUGCUGCGCUACCGACGGAACAACCGCGACACCCUCGAUGACGUGGGUCGUCGCUCAUGGAACACAUGCCAGUCGCAGCUGUGCCUGGCCCACUUCCGCAGGCUCAGGGACUCGCUGAACCGGAGCACUUCCCCUUGCGACGACUUCUACCGCUUCGCUUGCGGCGCCUGGCAGCCGCGCGUUAGCGCGGCGCAAACUGCUCUUCGCGACCUUCUGGACGUAGCGCAGCUAGACUUCAUCCGGUACCUCGAAACACCGGCCACGUCAGCGAUGACGUCGUACGAUCAGGAGGGAAUGGCGGCAAUAUUGCCCAACGGCAGGGCAACAGCACUCCCGAACGGUCAUCCCGGACACCAACGCAAUCGAGCAGAACGUGCGUACCACUUCUGCCUGCAGCGCGGCGGUGACGUCGCGGCCGACGUCGUGAUGCUCAGAGAGUUCCUCGCCAACCGGUCGCUGUCGUGGCCUGAUAGGGCGACCUCAGCGCCCACAGCGCAUGAGCCUUUGGACGUUCUUCUAGACCUCGAGCUCAACUGGAACCUCGGCCUGUGGUUCACGGUGCGGAUCUCGCCCCCUUUAGCCCAGGCCACACCCAGAAGCAAGGUCGCCCGCCGUCUCCUGAGAAUCAGCCGCGGCAUCGUCUCCAGCGGCUGGAAGAAGGCUCUCGACGCCACGGUGUCCCGCAGAGAGUACAAGGCCCGCGUGCGUCGGUUUUACGACGCCCUGCGAACGAACAACUUCGUUGCCAUCAGCGACAAGGACGUCGAAGAUCUACGCCGCGACGAGUCGGCCAUCGCCAACGCACUGUCCGACUCGGCGAACGGCGGCCAGAUCGAGAUGGCAUUUCCACUGAAGCAAAUUCAAAAGCUGGCCACGCCUCACUUGACCACCGCUCAGUGGUUGACGCUGCUCAACUGGCACCUGAGAAAACACAGCGGCAUCAGGCUGACCGAUGCAGACAGCGUGCUCGCCACCAACGUCAGGUUACUGCAGGCCGUCGACAAUCUUCUUGGCUUCUUUUCCGCCGACACACUGCUGUACCAAUUUGCUUGGUGUCUCGUGCAGCUUCUCGGCUGGAUGGUGGACCCAGCGCUACCAGGUCGACCCGUCGCGAAAACUCAGUCGCCGGCCGAGAACCGGCGUGCCGACUGUUUCUGGGCGGCGCAGAGGGCCUUCGGUCUCGCCAUCUUGUCCGGCUACGUGUUGGUCAAUUACCCGGCGUCAGUUCACUCCGCGGUGGACAAUAUCCUCAUGACCGUCACCCAGACGGCCAUCGACCUAUUCGUCAAAUCUCCCUGGAUAGACCGCGAGAGCCGAGCGGCAGCCGUCGAUAAGCUGCGUCGCGUUAACAUUACCCUGUGGCCACCGGACGCCUACCUCAACGAAUCCGUUGUGGACGGAGUCUUGAAGCAGUUCCCGGAACCCGGCGGCGCCGGCGUCACCAUGCUUCGCUACUGGCUUGACGUCCUGAAGGUGCGCCGUUCGCUGAUUGGAAUGAAGAGCCGUCAAAGGGGAACCGAAGAGGACGCCUUCUUAUUCUAUUCCGAAGACACGCAAUCUCAGCAGCAGGCCCUCUUCAGGUAUCACUACUUCCCGAACAUGCUUGCGGUCUCGCUACACGGUCUGCGCAGCCCGCUCUUUGUCGAGGGCGGAGGUCGCGCCGUCAACAUGGGGGCCUUGGGUGCACAGUACGCCGCAGCCCUGUCCAGGGCAUUUGACCCACGUGGCGUACUCGUGGACGGCCGUGGUUCAACUUCCGCUCUCUGGUGGGGCAAGGCGUCGUACCAGGAAUAUGAGCGACGGGCGGUAUGCCACGCGGCCGGCGCCGACAGAGUCGACUCGUUCUUCGAAGGCCUGGCGGCUGUCGAGAUAGCGUACGCAGCCUUCAACGCGACGCGAUCCAUAAGCGAAGGCAACAUUCGACGGGGACUCCUAAAACGGAGACCGCAGACGUUCUUGGGACUCUCGGAAGACCAGGCCUUCUUCGUGUCCUUCUGCCAGGCGUCGUGCGCCCGCGAGCCUACGGACAGGCAGCGAAUGUCCUGCACUCUGCCGCUGAAGAACUUUCCGGUGUUCGCCGCGGCAUUCACUUGUCCCGUUGCGUCGGCCAUGAAUCCCUCGAAGCGUUGCCGCUUCUUCGAAGGGACAAGGCCGGAGCAUGUCGCCGUCACGGCGGCAUCUUUGCGGCCGCUGGUGCCGACGACGCGUCAUAAAUAA